CAAGAUCGGCGGCUGCGCGGAGAGCAGCUGAUUGGGCUCGAGUGCGUAGUUAUGAAUUGCAAAAGUAUCGCAUUCGUAUAAAUGCAUUACAAAUUUCCUCAGCAUGAGAAAUGAAAUUUGUAUAUGCGGAUUUGCUUUCAGAAAAAAAUUUGUAAUGCAUUUAUCGCAAUAGCAAUACGAGUACGAUACUUUUGCACAGGAUAGUAGUAUGGACGUCGACCCUAUGGACGUUGACCCGAUGAUGACAGCACGAAGAAGGAUAAGAACAAGUAGAACUCCAGAGGAGCGGACUAGUGCGACUCCUGGUACUUCUGCCACCACAGGUGUGGCGAUUCUUGGAACUUCGUCGUCUUCCAGCGUAGUUCCUGUUCAACGGCAUCAAUCAGAACGGGAAGUAGUAGUUCAUCCUCUUGGC